AUGAAGAGCUAUGAGCAAGAAUACUCCCUCAUCCUCGAUUCGUUGCGCAAAUUCACGAAGCCCUUCCGGAAGCCCUACGAUCCACGAAUCUCGGUGGCGAUGGAACGGACGGCGCUGGACCUGAUGGAGUACUUCAAGGCGCGAGCAGCCUACACCUUCUCCGAUGAGAUCACGCUCGCCCUCCUCCCGACCCUCACCAACCCUCCUCCGUUUCGUGGCAAAAUCGCCAAGCUCAUCUCGAUCGCCUCUGGCUAUGCGUCAGCUCGAUUCAACCACCACAUCAGCUCGCAAGAGUAUCACCCGCACGAGGAGGCCGGCGACAAAGCGCACCGAGGGAUCGCUCACUUUGACGCGCGCGCAUUCAGCCUGCCCUCCGACGAAGAGUGUCUGGUUGACUGUAUGCGCAACAGUGUGAACAAUCUGGGCCGGGCGUACUAUUCGGCGCGCCAGCUGGAUCGGAAGAGCAACGGGGCGGUGCUGAGGCUGCUCCGACACGAACACAACGUCGAGUGGAACGACUACCCCGACCACUUCAAGCACGGCACCCUCAUCAAGAAGCGACUCGCCGAGAGGCAGGGGAUCAACCCACAGACGAAGGAGUCGGUGCUGGUGGUCCGCGGGGAGUACGUCAAGGCGAGCGUGACGGUGCUCAGGGAGGCGCCCGGGGACGAGAGCGGCGUGGCCAAGUUCCUGAUGGCCAAGUACGCCAACCAGAUCGACACGCCCGUCGAACACCCCGCGGCCGUGCAGGACCCCGCGCAGAGCGCCGAGCUGAGCGAGCUCGCCGAGCGACUCACCCAACGCUUCACGCCCUUCGACUACGAGCCCGUCAAAGCUUACUCGUAA